AUGACUUUUGGCCCUUCUGCCCUGCGGGUCGCAGGCAACAGCCUCGGUGCUGAAGUCAAUAUCGACGAGACCACCGCUCUGCUCAUACAGGAUGAUAAUGAUGCUGGUCGACCAGUCUCAAAUUGUCAUGCGGAAGAACAGCCUCACGGUCAUGUCGUCGAGGGGGAGGACAAUGAAGAAGACAAGCCUCUGCCGAUGGACCAAAUUCUCGCUCUCUGUGCAGCUCGCAUUGUUGAGCCCAUUGCCUUUUUCAGCAUUUUCCCAUUUAUCAACCAGAUGAUCUGGGAAACAGGGCAAGUCGCCGAGACGGAUGUAGGAUUUUAUAGUGGUUUGAUUGAAUCGCUUUUCUCUCUAACCCAGAUGAUCCUGAUGAUACCCUGGGGCUGGACCGCCGAUCGACUGGGCCGCAGACCAGUUUUGAUCUUCUCCCUUGUCGGAGUGGGAGUCGCUGUGGCAGGCUUCGGCUUUGCAAGCGCUGUCUGGCAAAUGAUUCUUUUCCGUUGCUUUGCUGGUAUAUUUGGUGGAACUGUUGUCACCAUUCGAACCAUGAUGGCAGAACUUAGUACACCCAAUACUCAAGCGCGAAUCUUCAGCUACUUUGCAUUCAGCGGUAACGUGGGAAUAUUCCUGGGCCCUCUGAUCGGCGGAGUUCUCGCGAAUCCGGCGGCACAAUACCCUCGAGUGUUUGGCAAGAUCCAGUUCUUUCAUGAGUUCCCAUAUGCGCUGCCGACCUUGGUGACAGGGUCGUUGGGAAUCAUCGCCAGUGUCAUUUGUGCCAUCAUUAUCAAAGAGACCUUGACUAAAGCAUCCCAUGCCAACGGAGUCACCAAAACUGAGAAUCCAUCCAUCCUUGGUCUCCUCCGUGCCCCAAAUGUGUUCAUUACCCUCUUCAUCUACGGCCAUCUCAUGGUGCUAGCCUUUUCCUAUACAGCCAUUCUUCCCGUCUUCUAUUUUACCCCUGUGGAAUUGGGCGGGUUUGGCUUUACGCCGCUGCAGAUUUCCAUAUUCAUGGGCCUCGGUGGUCUCUCGCAGGCCCUGUGGGUCCUUCUCAUAUUCCCGUCCCUCCAUGCUCGUGUUGGCACCGAAGGGAUCAUGACCUGGGCCGGGAACGCAUAUCCUUUUUUCUUUGCUUCGUUGCCUUCGUGCAACAUACUCUUGCGGUAUCAUUUUACCCUCGUUUUCUGGAUCCUUGCACCAAUCUUCGUGGUUCUCGGCUCUGGGGUUGCCAUCUCCUUCACCGCAGUCCAGCUUGUUAUCAACAAUGUUGCUCCGACUCCACGCGUCCUUGGCACAUUAAACGCUAUGUCUCUGACUCUGGUCAGUGGUCUGCGGGCGUUUUCGCCGGCGCUGUUUGCCAGCUUGUUUGCCGCCAGUGUGAGAAGCCACAAAUUUGGUGGGCAUCUCAUUUGGAUCUUGAUGAUGGCAUUGGCGAUUGCCUUCACCGUCAUGUCAAGAUGGACCCCAGACGUGGAGGGGGCCAGCAAGUCGAGCAAUGGGAAUGGAGUUGGAGUCAAGUAUGGACAGAGCCCGAUGGAAAAUCGGACGAGUGAAAGUGAUCAAGAGCCAGAAGAAUAGCGACGGUAAUGACAUAUACGGACGGACAAUAGAACGGAAUUUUGGACUUGGAUGGGGAUAGACGGGCUUUCUGGGUUUUGGUCACCAGGAAAAGAGGAGGGAAAAUCAAGUGUUGGGGAGUUGGAAAGGUUUGGUCGCAUUCAUCAUUGCCUAUGGCGGUCUACAUCGAUUUCGAUCUGCUUGUGGAGUUCGCUUUCUUCCGAGGUGACCUUGAGAGAUGAG